AUGGACGACGCGCCUCCACCUGCCGAUCACGUCUUGCGACCGCACCAUGUUACUUUGCUUGCAAUUCUCAUGAAUGCCUAUCAAGACUGGAAAGUAUCCAUCCCCAAGUCGCACAAAGAAAUAGUGGAGGUGUUAAGCUCAGGUCCCAAGGCAGAUGUGCCUAUUUGUGCCACGUUCAAUGCGGAAAUAGCCCACAUUCCUCACCAGCUCCUCACGCCAGAUGACAUGCAUGUUUUCCUUUCAACUACCAAUUUCCUUCUCUCUCCCAAAAUCGAUGAAACACCUAGAUUUCUUCGCCGCUCGAUAUUUGGAUAUUUCACGCGCCGAUGCUUUACUAGUUUCGUGAAGCUAUCUUACAUCGGGAUAAAUCGUCUGGUCGCCGAUUAUCAAGCGUGGGUCAACGAUGCUCCUACAGCUGGAUAUUUUGUCGCCCAAAAGGACGAAUUAACCUCGGAUCUCUUACUCUUCAAGACACAAGCCGAUAAGAAAACCUGGGCUAGGGCCGGUUACUAUGAGGGAUGGCAGAAAGGUGUUCUUACGGGCGAUGAAAACCUUGCAGUCGAGAGUUUGCGUCGAUUCUUCGAGCAACAUUUCCACGACAGCCAUGACUCGGGAUACCGUCAGCAUGGGAUACUCAGCUUGAUUAGGAUGCAUUACAUCAAAGGAGAAUAUGCAGCAGCACGGAAGUUGCUGACUGAGGCGAUCGAUACAGCACGAACAAGUUCAGACAAAGUCACCCUGCACCACUGUCUCAGCUUAUUACAUCGGAUUCCUUACGAAAAUACUGAAAAGAAGCCAUUUCUCCACGAGAUUCAACCCGACUUACACCCCUUGGAAAUCCUCUACGAUGUCAAAAAAUUGAUGACGGAGGAGAACGAGCAACCGUUGAGCGCAGCCUUCAUCAAACUAUUUCAGGCUAUAGCUUUAUAUGAUCACUGGAUAGACGUGCAAUCCGCGCAGCCAGUUGAAUCCGAGCAAUGGGCGCAACAUGCAGCGCAGUCAAUCCUUUGGGCCGAAGCAGGCUGUGAAGGUUUGGCAAGCGCGGAACAAAACGUUGUAAUGGCGUUUGCCCGCUCUGGCGAGGAAGGCUCCGAUAGACUUUCCGUAAUUCUCAACAAGGCAUACAAGAAAGCCAGACAGGGCGAAUACGAGGAAGCCUUGUCUUUUCUCUUGCAUCCUUCCAUCUGGUGUGGAUUAACAUUAUAUGAGUAUUCACAUUGGAGCCACCAACUGUGGCACAUUUUGACAUUGCGUGCCACCCGUCGAGGACAAUUUCGUCUGUAUCGACAAUUCUUGCUUCCGAAGAGGCCAAACGGGCCGUUCAACGCAAGGGAAUAUUUCCUUGAUGCCGAGGGCGAGAAAAUGUCCCCAAUUCGAGAAUCAUUGCAUCAAAUACUGCGACUGAAGGAACACGAUCAAUUCACGAUGGGGGUUGAUUAUUUGCUGAAAAAUCUCUGGCACUCUGAAUUUCUGUGCAAAUAUGGCCUCUACAGAACCGGGAUCAUUCUUCUUGCAGACAUCGGGUUAGAAUUCAGAAUGUCAAAAAGAUCCCGGCGUAUUCUGGAAGAGAUUAUGCCCCAGAUAAUCAACGGCGAUGACCGAGAGCAGCGGGCUGUCGCCUGUUUUACCCUAGCCCGAUGCAUCAUAGCUGCUGAAGGUUCAACGCUUGCUGCCUUCCAAGAAGCCAUUCCAUAUCUGUUGAUGGCAGAGUCGGACUUCAAGAAAUUAGAAAUCUAUGGCUCAGUUAAGGAUGUUCAAUACAUGCUAUCUAUUGUCUAUCACAAUUUGGACAUGGAUACGGAACGCAACAAUGCCGCAAAACGACAUGCUGAUACAGAAGCCCAUCAAAGGACUCUGGAAUUUAUCACUUUCGAUGAAAAAAUCCAGGAAAUACUACAAUUGUCUGCUGCGAUAGGGGCUUCCUUGGCAUCUAGGUAG